CUCCGAGCAAGUCCAGUCCAGCAGUCCACGCCGGCUUCAACACCCCGUCAUCGUCACCUGUCCAUUCCCAUCAUCUCCCCCGCGUCGGAUGCUGGGGUGAGUCUCUUGAAACGGGAUCAAUUACCGCGGAUUCAUCGUCACAUCGACCUGUUCACCAUGCUCUGCCUCCGUUGCCGGGCCCUGCCCUCGGCCUUCAGGACAUAUGCGUCCUCAAGAACCGCCAUGUCCCAGAUGACAAGAUCCUCAGUGUCACCCUUCUCCUUCGCAUCACCACUCCGUACCUUUUCCUCCGCCACCUCCCCCUCCUUUCGUCCCCAACAGACCCAGUCAAUCCAGAGCUCUCUUUCUACUCGCACACCCUUAACGUCCGCCUCCGCCCUGGCCUUUAACCCGGCACAACAGACCCGUUCGUUCUCCGCCAGUGCCGCCCUGGGCGGGAAGCGAGCAACUUACAACCCAUCGCGAAGGGUGCAGAAACGCCGCCACGGCUACCUGGCACGAUUGCGGUCGCGUGGGGGCAGAAAGAUCCUCAUGCGCAGGAGGGCCCGGGGAAGGAAGACUUUGAGUUACUAGAUGCAUUGUUGUAUUGUUUGAGAAAUGCUGCGCUGCCUUGAUAGGUGUCAACUAUCUGGGUUCUUCCUGUCUUGUCUAUUUCAACAUGAGAAUUGGCUCGAUGGAGGAUGCAUGUAAGAAAGGAAAGGCAUUUUUUUGUGAUUUCGAUAAGCCAACAAAAUGGUUGUUUUAUUCCUGUAGUGUACCAUAUACAUACAUAGAUAGGUAUCAUGUUUGUAAUUUUGUUCAGAUUGAGUAUCUUACGACACAGUAUGCCUAAAUAUGUAUUUCAAUGUCGACUGGUGCUUGGUAUGUUAAAAUAUGCGUCUUUCUAUUGAUUUCGCGGUUUCCAAUUAAUGGCCAAUUGUGUCCUUUCAAUUAUAUAUUUACUGGC